AUGCAGAAGGAAUACAAAUACUUGAAGAAUGCAUUUCGUAUGUACCAGGAUAGCAUUUCUGAUGAAAUGGAAGAAAAAUGGCUGAGAAGGCAGGCCGAAUGGAAAAAAAGUGAGAGGACUGAGCGAGAAAAGGCAUUAUUACAACAAAAGCAAUCUUUAACAAGGAGAUUUGAGAUGGAAUUAGAGGAGCAGAAGAAGAUUAUUCAGAAUAACAGUUUUUUGCUAGGAAGAGUUUAUGAACAGGAAAGAGAAGAAUUUCAGAAGCAGCAACAAACUGCCUUGGAAAAUAUAGACAUGUUAAAUGCCAAAAUCAAGAGAUUGGAGAAUGACUUGAAUGAGAAGAACGAAACUCUUCAUGCUAUUGCUUCAUCUCUUCACAAAACAGAGAUAGAACUUCAGAAGGAGAAAGCCAAAAUGGCAGAGACAGAGAAAACUCUCCAACAAAAACUAGUAGCUGUUGAAGAGAAAUAUCGAAUUAAUAUAGCUUCUUUGACAGAAGAAAACAACAUUUUGAGACACAAGCUUAUUGAGAAGAAUGAAGAGAUAUUUAAUGCCCAAAAAGGUAGUGUUUUUGGAUUGCUUGAUUAGAGCUACGCAUGAAGAAUUGGCUUAUGGAGACUUGUGUGAAGCUGUUUCUUCAGAACAUCAGGCCGAAGCUGGAAGACCAGAAGUGUUAAAGAUUACUUACAUAUAUGUAUCAUUAUGUUUUUCAUUUUAUUUUUAUCAGUUACUGCCCAAUAGUUUUGUGCCAUUUUUUUUCCCUCAUUAGCUGACAAAUAGAAUAAAUGUUUCCUUGGCCAUAUGGUGGACAUGUUAUGAUAUACAUUAUAUAAAAAGGGCAUAACCUGAUCCUGUAGAUUUAAGUCCAUAGCUAAAUGACUAGACAUAAAGUAAAACAUAAGCUGUCAAAUUAUAAUUAAAAUAUUAUUUGUUAGAACCUUAAAUAUCAGAGACCCAAGCUUCUGCAUUGAAGUUUUUAUGAACUGGCUCCAGUAUUUCCUUGGAAGCCCAUCUGGGGACGUAGAACCAUCUAUCUAGAACUGUUCUCAUUAUGUUUGGCAACUGUUGCACAGUGUACUUAAAACACUGAAAUGAUCAUCAGUAAAAAGGAGCUGAAUUUUAGAGAUACACAGCACUUCAGAUCUGAAGCCAAAAGGCACUAUUGGUGCUUCCAUAACCCAUAAUGUUCGUGGGAUUGUAUAGCUCACAGGUCGACAACCUGCGGCUCCGGAGCCGCAUGCGGCUCUUUGAGCCUUCCCCUGUGGCUCCCAGCCUCCUCUGCCUUUGCAGAGAGAGACAGAGACAGAGAGAGGCAAUUGCGCUUCUCUGCUUCUCUCUCUC